AUGACCUCGCUCGUGAGGGACCUUUCCGAUGGUGUCCGACUGAUUCAAUUGAUGGAAAUCAUGGGUAUUACUUGUACCUUGGGCGGCAUUCACAAUUUGUCUUAUGCGUAUGGUAAGAAGGCUGAAAAUGUGAACAAAGCUCUCGAAUUCAUCUCUUCAAGAGGUGUGAAGCUAACUAAUAUCGGACCCGAGGACAUAAUUGACGGGAACCUUAAGCUGAUCCUCGGAAUGAUCUGGACACUCAUUCUACGUUUCACGAUCGCCGAUAUAAGCGAAGAGGGUCUGUCAGCAAAAGAGGGCUUAUUGUUAUGGUGUCAGCGCAAGACUGCACCUUAUAAAGAAGUCAACGUACAAGACUUUUCCCUAAGCUGGUCUGAUGGGCUUGCAUUAUGCGCACUCAUUCACUGUCAUCGUCCUGACUUGAUUGAUUAUGCUACCCUAGACAAAACAGAUCGUCAUGGAAAUACCCAACUGGCCUUUGAAGUUGCUGCCCAGCACCUGGGCAUACCCCAACUUCUCGAAGUGGCAGAUCUGUGCGACAAUGCGCACCCAGACGAACGCAGUGUGAUGACGUACAUUGCCAGUUUUUUUCAUGCUUUCUCUUCGAUGGACCAGGCAGAGACUGUGUCUCGGCGGGUUGAGAAAUUUGCGGAACUCAUGCAUUCUAUUUGGCUUAGCAAAAAUGACUAUGAACGACGGGUCCGUGAGCUCCUGGCCGCUAUGUCCGAGAUCCAAACUCGAUGGUCUGCAGUCCAAUUUACUGGCACAUAUACGGAUGCCAAGGAGCAUUCAUCCCAAUUUGCCACUUAUAAGCAGACAACGAAACGUAAGUGGGUCACAGAAAAGCAGGACGUCACGACCCUUUUCGGAAAUGUGCAGACAAAGCUCAAAACGUACGGGCUGCAAGAAUAUGUCCCGCCGCUCGGGCUCGCAAUCUCUGACUUGGAUGCAGCGUGGAUUGCACUACUUACUUCCGAAGCUAAACGAUCGCGAGCGAUAAAUGCUGAGAUUCGGCAAAUCAAAGAAUCCCUUCGCAAGAAGUUUGCCAGCCUGGCGAAUGACUUCGAGAAGCGGCUAAGAGCUAUAUCGUCCGAGCUAGCUGGGGUCGAGGGUGCGCUCGAGGAGCAACAACGACAAGUAGGACAACUGCGAACACGGAUCCCUGCCCUGUCAGAUGCUCUUGCUACGGUAGUUAGCGCAGAGGACGAGUGUCGGGCGGCCAAUGUGGAUGAGAAUGAUUACACGGUCUUUACCUGCCAGGACCUUGAGUUUGAACUAGAGCUUUUGGAACAAAGUAUUUCGAAGAAGAUUGCAUUUAUUGACAACCAGAUUGUAUCACGAAACAUGACAAACUUAACGCCGGCACAACUCGAACAAUUCGAAAGCACGUUCAGAUACUUUGACAAAGAUGAGACCAACACUCUCAAUCUAUCUGAGAUGGCUGCAGCACUUGCCAGUCUAGGCAUAGUGUAUUCGGACGAGGAUAUGGAUAUCAUUUAUGACCAGCUGCUUCAUGAUUACGGUGCGGUGACGUUUGAAGCAUUUAUCAAUCUGUUGGUGGAGAUCACCGAGGAUCAAACCUCUUCUGAGCAGCUGCGUGAGGCUUUCCGAGGAAUUGCUAGUGACAAACCAUUCGUCACGGAACUUGACCUGCGGGUGGCGCAACUCCCACCAAAUGCGAUCGAAUUUCUGCGGGAUGCGAUGCCCUCUGCGCAGGACGGCACCGAGGAGCCUCAAUAUGACUAUGAGGCGUGGUUGGAUGCAGUGUUCGUGUAG